UCUCGCCGCCGUUUCGCCGAUCAGCCGCAUCCUUCUUCAGUCGUCUCGCGCCUUCAACUUCCACCGAGGUCCAUCUACAUCGUUCCACCACCUACCCCUGUAAUCUCCCGGCCGGCGACGUCAUCCUCAUCAUCAUCAUCAUCCAUGGAGGGCAAGGACGGCAAGCACGACGUACCCGCCACCACGGCCGCGCCACCACCGGCCGGCGCGCCGCAGCCCGCGGCGCCUGCGCCUCCCGCGGAGUCGGCGCGGUGGGGCACGCGGCAGAUGGGCCCGCCAGCGGCCCCCGGGGCGCACCCGGAGAACCAGGAGGCGGCGCGGUGGACGGCGGCGCGCGGGGACCAGGAGCUGCCGCCGUACGUCGUCAUGGGGGAGCCCGUGGCGGUGCAGAGGGGCAAGGGGGAUAGCCCCAUGGAACACAUCCUCGACUUCUUCAACACCUGGAGCCGCAAGGCCGAGGAGCUGGCAUCCAACAUCUGGUUCAAUCUGAAGACUGCGCCAUCCAUGUCUGACGCGGCGAUGGGGAAGCUAAGCCUGGGCGCCAAGGCCCUGUCCGAGGGCGGCUUCGACAAGCUGUACAAGCAGACCUUCUCCUCCAGCCCCGAGGAGCACCUGAAGAAGACGUUCGCUUGCUACCUGUCGACGGCCACCGGCCCCGUCGCCGGCACGCUCUACCUGACCAACAUGAACGUCGCCUUCUGCAGCGACCGCCCGCUCUCCUUCACCGCGCCGUCUGGCCAGACCGCUUGGAGCUACUACAAGGUUAUUAUCCCUCUUGGCAAGAUCGCGACGGUGGAGCCGGUGACGAUGAAGGAGAACCCGCCGGAGAAGUACGUGCACAUCGUCACCGUGGACUCCCACGACUUCUGGUUCAUGGGCUUCGUCAGCUACGACAAGGCCGUGCACAACCUCGUCGAGGCCGUCUCCCAGCGCUCCCAGUCCCAGCACGGCGCCGGCGUCACCGCUGCCGGCACCAAGUGAUGAGCCACCACCGCUCGUGAGUCUUGGGCGUUUUGCACCCGCGUCGUGUAUAGCUCCGCCUGUGCAUUACUUGUGUGACAGGGACGAAGCCUGAAAAAAAUUUAGAGAAGGCUGAACAAAAAUUCUACA